GAUUGAGGCGAAGAGGAUCGAGUGUGUGGAGUCGCCCGGGAAAGUUACUGCUGGUUUGUGUAAAAUGCCGUGUGAGAGGAAGCCGAUGCGCUACGGUCACUCCGAGGGACACACCGAGGUCUGCUUCGAUGACCGGGGGAAGUUCAUUGUAACCUGUGGAAACGAUGGAGAUGUUCGGAUAUGGGAGGGUCUGGAUGAUGACGAUCCAAAGUUCAUCACAGUCGGUGAAAAGGCUUACUCUCUGGCACUCAAGAACGGUAAACUGGUGACGGCAAGCUCCAACAACACAGUGCAGAUCCACACGUUUCCUGAUGGGGAUCCAGACGGUAUCCUGACCCGGUUCACCACCAACGCCACACACGUCACCUUCAACAGCAGCGGCUCGAGAGUCGCCGCCGGGUCCAGUGACUUCAUGGUUAAAGUGGUGGAGGUGUCGGACAGCAGCCAACAGAAAACACUCCGGGGGCACGAAGCACCUGUCCUCAGUGUCACCUUUGACCCCAAAGAUGACUUCCUGGCGUCCUCCAGCUGUGAUGGCUCUGUCGUGGUUUGGAACAUCGAGGAGCAGACUCAGGUGGUCAGUUGGCCUCUGCUGCAGAAGACCAAUGACGUCAGUAAUGCAAAGUCUCUGUGUCGGCUGGCCUGGCAGCCCAGGACGGCAAAGUUCCUCGCCGUUCCUGUGGACACGAAGGUGCACCUGUACGAGCGAGGGUCCUGGGAUCACGUGAGCACUCUGUCAGACGACCUGCUCACACAGCCCAUCAACGUGGUGGCCUGGUCUCCGUGUGGGCAGUUCCUGGCAGCCGGCAGCGUGGGGGGUUCACUGACACUGUGGGACGUGAACAGCAAGCUGUGUGUGGAAAGGCAGAAGCACGAGAAAGGCUUCACGGUUUGCGGUUUGGCCUGGCAUCCGUCAGGCAGUCAGAUCGCCUACACGGACACAGAGGGCUGCCUGGGUCUGCUGGACGGACUCGGCACCUCCUCAUCAGACACCGGCGUCACCAAGGAGGCGCCAGCAAAAAAGCAGACGAAAGACUACGAUGACCUGUUUGAUGAUGAUGAUGAUAGACUCAUGGAUGAAGGACUGAGCGACACCAACUCGCCAGUAAAGAAACAUGUCGCUGGAGACGACGACGAUGACGACGAUUUCCUCAUGCCAGCCACCGGGCGGGUGAGGAACAGAGGGGCGAUCCUGGAUGAUGAGAACUCUCUGGACACGGGAUCACUGAAACUCGGUCAGGACAAAUUCGGGGACGAUGACGACACAGGCAGCGCUGUGGUGCCUGCGUCUGCCCCUCUGGUGCCCUUGCGUCCCGUCUACGAGGGACCCCUGCCAACGCCUCCCCAGAAGGCCUUUCAGUCAGGCUCCACGCCUGCACACCUCACGCACCGCUUCAUGGUGUGGAACUCAGUGGGAAUAGUGCGAGGUUACAACGACGAGCAGGACAACGCCAUCGACGUGGAGUUUCACGACACGGCCGUACACCACGCCAUGCACCUCACCAACUCGCUGGGUCACACCAUGGCCGAUAUAUCCCAGGAGGCCGUGCUGCUGGCCUGCCCCAGCACAGACGAGCUCGCCAGUAAGCUGCAGUGCCUCCACUUCUCAUCUUGGGACACCAAUAAGGAGUGGAUGGUGGACCUGCCGCAGGGCGAGGACGUCAGGGCGCUGUGUCUGGGUCAGGGCUGGGCGGCGGUCACCACCAGCGCACUGACGCUCAGGCUCUUCUCCAUCGGAGGCGUUCAGAGAGAAAUCUUCAGCCUGCCUGGACCUGUGGUCUGCAUGGCCGGACACGGAGAGCAGCUGCUCAUUGUCUACCAUCGGGCUACAGGUUUUGACGGCGAACAAGCUCUGGGUGUCCAGCUGCUGCAGUUCGGGCGGAGAAAGAGACAAGUCAUCAACGGCGAACCCCUCCCACUCUCCCAUAAAUCCUACCUGUCCUGGCUCGGAUUCACCGCCGAGGGUACCCCUUGCUACGUGGAUUCAGAUGGGGUGGUACGGAUGCUGAACCGCUCCCUGGGAAACACAUGGACGCCAGUGUGUAACACCAGAGAGACCUGCAAAAGCAAAUCAGAUCACUACUGGGUGGUCGGAGUGCACGAGAACCCUCAGCAGCUCAGGUGUAUCCCAUGUAAAGGCUCCAGGUACCCCCCCACCCUGCCCAGACCUGCGGUGGCCAUCCUGCCCUUCAAGCUGCCGCUGUGUCAGACCACCACAGAGAAAGGACAGAUGGAGGAGCAGUUCUGGCGUUCAGUCCUCUUCCACAACCACUACAGCUUCCUGUCCUCCAGCGGCUACGAGAUAGACGAGGACGGACAGAGUAAAUCACAGAAGGAACAACAGGAGCUGCUCAUGAAGAUGUUUGCGUUGGCCUGUAAGCUGGACAGGGAGUUUCGCUCGGUGGAGCUGGCGGAGAUGAUGACUCAGAACGUGGUGACUCUGGCCAUUCGAUACGCGUCUCGAUCCAGGCGCAUGGCCCUCGCCCAGCGGCUCAGCGAGAUCGCCCUGGAGAAAGCCAACCAGAUCCAGGAAGAAGAGCCAGAGGAGCAGGAAGUGGAGCCAGAAUACUCCAGCAUCAGACGGACUUCUGGGUAUGGCCAGAGUGAGGUCGCAGGAGGACGUUACAGCAACAGACAUAAUCAGGAGGAGGAAGAGGAGCAAAGAGAAGAGCUCGCUGAGGAAGAGGACGGACAGGAGAUGGAGACCGAGGAGACAACAGAGACCAGGAAACGCGUGAAUCCGUUCGCUAAAGAAGCAGGCUCACCUGAGAAGGUGUCUCUGACUCCAAUUGGUAAAGUAGGACGUGCAAAUCCUUUCAAGGUUCUUGGAUCGGGGAAACCGUCGGCCUCGUCUGGUCAGCCCCGAGCGACAAACAUCCUGGACAACAUGACAUCGAGCAGGAAGUCGGCUCCGCUCGGCGGCUCUGCAGGGAAACCUAACAAGAGUCCCGUCCUCAAACCGCUGGCGCCCAGGCCCAAAACAAAGACUCAGUCCACCCUGCUGCAGAUGACUGGCUCAAAAGCAGCCAAUAAGAAGACUCAGGAGAAGAUGGAGCCGACGGCAGAUCGGCAGAAACAGCCGGACGUCCCGCCUCCAGCCUCGCCGGCAGAUAACACCGAAAAUAAGAGGCCGAAGACGGGCUUCCAGCUGUGGCUGGAGGAGAACAGGAAGAGCAUCGUGGCCGACCACCCUGACCUGGAGGAGACAGAUGUCAUCAAAGAGGGCAUGGGACGCUUCAGGACGCUGUCAGCAGAGGAGCGACUGUCAUGGACGGAAAGAGCAAAAGGCCAAACUGGAGACGCAGCAGAUCUGAAGAAGAGGAAAAGAACAGCAGAAGGAGGAGGAGAUGCAGAAAAUGAAAACGGACAGGCAGAGGCAGAUGAAAAUAACGCCAAGAAGAAGAAAUCUGUGGAUCCGUCCUCCAAGCUCUCAGCAUUUGCAUUUAACAAAAACUAAACAGUGAAUUUGUUUUGUUUUAAGAUUAAUGUGUGAAAACAGUCGAACAGUGGAUCCUGUCAGUGGAAGGGGAUCGCUGAAACAUGUUUGGGUUUCCACACGUGUUAAAUCUGUUCUCUGUGUUGAUGAACAUGUUCUGUGACGUGAGUUUUAAGGCACUUAAACAUUUAAAACCUCUAAAAACUCACAUUCACUCCAGUUUCAGUAACAGCGGGCGUUUGGUUUUGUUUCCUGGUUCUUUACACUUAUUUCUAAUAACAUAUUACUGUAUUUUAACUUUUGAAUAAAUGUAAAUGUUCCUUAGCUCAUGUCACGUUUUAGACUUUAAUUUCCUUUUUUUGGGGAUUUACUUGAAACACUGUGUUUUUAUUAAUGUUGUAUGUUGUGUUAAAUUAAUCAGCUUCUCUGCACAGCUGGU